UAAUUAUACAUAUUUCAUUUUGUUUUUAAAUAUCAAUAUGCAACAAAAUAUAAUCCUUUACGCUAUUCAGUUAUAUGUAAUAUUUCAUAAUCAUUAUGACUACGCUGAAUCCAUACUUGGACAGUUAGUGAGACCAGCAAGGUAUGAUGAAUACCCAUUUGUCGUACCUCUUAUAACCACAGAUCACGAAACUCCAGCACAAGAUUUUAUUACAUGUACGGGGAAUUUCAUUACAAAUUACUUCCUCGUAACGACCGAGCAUUGUAUCUAUAACCAUCAGUUUAAUCAUUUUCGAAUAUACAUGGGGAGAUACAAUUUACACUUCAAUGUAGAAUUACAUCCAAUCUGGUUGAUAACCUACGAUCAAUGGGCUACAGUUCAUAAUAUACCAAUUGAGCAUGUGAGCAACGACAUUGGAUUGGUUAAAGUUUUUAACAAUUUACCGUAUCUUUUGCCCACAACUAAUUUAUCACCGAUAACACCACAAAGACAACUAAUUGGCUCGACUACUAAAAUACUAGGAUGGGGUAACAGUAAUACAAUACCAAGCAUAAGAAGUGUCCUGUACGUAGGAAAUGUGACUAUUUUACCACCCGCGGAAUGCAAUCGACGAACUAUAAGCAUACAAGAAAGACCCGUUUCGAUACCGCCAACAUAUUUCUGCACCUCGGCUAGCCCUCAUAUAAUAAUAACAUCUGGUGACAGUGGCGGUCCACUUCUUUACGAAGGUAAGCUUAUAGCAAUUAGUGUGGGGGCAUGUCCUACGGAGCGUGGAAAUUACUUGAAUUCUUUUAGUGUAAAUCUUCACAUUGGUAUCGAUUACUACAGAUUGUUCAUUUCUACAGUAACAGGAGCAACUGCAUAA